CCCCCACGGCUCUCAGGGUCGUCUUCUAAGUAAGCAACUUAGAAAGAGUUGAAUAGGCUAACCAGGAUCUGACUAGGACUGCAAAAGUGAGAAAUAUGGCAUAGAUUGAGGUUUGUAGGUCUCUCGUUCUCCACACAACCUCAAUAGGACCGAGCGGGUGGUUAUACGUAUGGUAAAUUAAGAUCACCAUAGAGGAAAAAUGCCAGAGAUGUGUCUGGUCCGGCCAUGUGGUAAUCACGGUGGCCAACCAGACCCCGCAAUAUUUUCCCCGCGACGAAGGGAACUUGCCGGCAUGUCUCUAUUCGGAGUGGACGUACCGAGAUCUUUCGCGAUUGACGGGCCUAAUUCCUGAUUGCUACUCAAUGCACCUAGGGCAGAGGUGCACAUGGUCCGCAAGGGCUGGUGUCGACCACUUCCGCCACAAUGAAUGGUAUAAGAAGCUUGAGACCUCCGGUCCAAGGACUCACUUGAUAUCCUUUUCACCGUACUCGCUCAUUACUAUCCAAGGGUUGUAUCCGGGUCGAAUCGAACAUGAAGGUCUCUGCAACCAGUGUAGCGGCGUUGGCCGCCGGUGCUAUCGCCGCACCUUCUCACAAUGUACCCCGCAAGGCUGCCGCAGCUUGCUCGGAAGCCGUCACGCUCGACCCUAGCACCAACGUGUUCAAGAAGUACACUCUGCACGCCAACACUUUUUACCGUGGUGAGGUUGAAAAAGCUGUCGAAGCCAUUUCCGACGCUUCCAUGAAGACUUCGGCUGCCAAGAUCGCCGACGUUGGUAGCUUCUUAUGGCUCGACUCCAUUGCCAACAUCGCAAAGUUCGACGCUGCUGUCGCCGACGUUCCUUGCGAGAACAUCCUUGGUCUCGUCAUCUACGACUUGCCCGGUCGUGACUGUGCCGCCAAGGCCUCCAACGGAGAACUUAAGUACAACGAGUUGGACCGAUACAAGACUGAAUACGUUGACCCCAUCGUCGCUAAGAUCAAGGCCAACCCUAACACGGCUUUCGCUCUUUUGAUCGAGCCUGACUCUUUACCUAACCUUGUCACGAACGCCGACAAGACUGCUUGCGCCGACAGCAAGACCGGUUACGAGGAGGGUGUCGCUUAUGCUCUCAAGAGCCUCAACCUUCCCAACGUCGUCAUGUACAUCGACGCUGGUCACGGUGGUUGGCUCGGUUGGGACGCUAACCUCAAGCCCGGUGCUGAGGAGCUUGCCAAGGUUUACAAGAACGCGGGCAGCCCCAAGCAGGUCCGUGGUUACGCCACCAACAUUGCUGGCUGGAACUCCUGGGACGAGGAUCCGGGUGAGUUCUCCGAUGCUUCGGACGCCAAGUACAACUCGUGCCAGAACGAGAAGACAUACGUUACCAAGUUCUCGGCCGCGCUAAAGACUGCUGGCUUCCCCGAACACGCCAUCGUCGACACUGGCCGAAACGCCGUCACUGGUCUCCGUGAGGAAUGGGGUGACUGGUGCAACGUCAACGGUGCUGGCUUCGGUGUCCGCCCUACUGCUGACACCGGUCUCGAGCUGGCCGAUGCCUUCGUCUGGGGCAAGCCCGGUGGUGAAUCAGACGGCACAAGCGAUGAGGGUGCUACCCGUUACGAUUCUUUCUGUGGCAAGCCCGACGCCUACAAGCCCUCUCCCGAGGCUGGUGAGUGGAACCAGGCCUACUUCGAGAUGCUCAUCAAGAACGCCAAGCCCGCUUUUUAAAGCACCCGGUUGGUAAAAUAAACCCUGGCAUUCGCGUCGGACGUGGGGGUUCAGCUGGCGGAAAAAAGUAAACGUGGAUCGAGGCUCUGUUUGGGCUUAGUGAUACGGGUUCGCUGUAAAUAAGAAAGAAACUAGCUGUUCGGACCGCAAACGCUUGUUUUUUUACUCCCUAAAUUAAAAUCCUGUACUGAAUAUUCGAUUGUAUAUAGCUUUUGCAGUACAUACACAACUUUUGUCCCAGCUCUCUGCCAGCAUCUGAAUUCAUGAUGAAG